AUGGCGCCAUGGACGUCGUCUCAGACGUUCUUCGACGUGAUGGUGUCGCAAACCGACUUGAUUCUUACGCGGUCGGACAGCGGUCUGCCCUGGGAAGAUGGUCAUGUCCCUACGACGUGGCUUGAGGGCCAUCAACCCAAGCUCGCCAAAGUGAGGUCGUUUGUGUCGCGCUACAAGGCGAUCAGCACCGAGAUGGCGAAGCGCGACGCGCUGAGGACAAAGGCAGACAGUGACAGCGAAGGUCGCACUGCGGUGCUUGGCUGGAUUGACCGUCAGCAGAAGACCAAGUGGGACGUCCGUGCACGUAUUCUGGAUGUCCUCGAGGAGUACGACUAUUCACCAUACCAGUGUAUGCGCACACUUGGUGCCAAAGAGAUCGUCGGAGAGUUGUUCGGCGAUGACGCCGUGCGUAACGGAACGCAUCCUGAGCCAUGGGCGCACAGCGCCGUUCGCCGGCUCAUCCAGAUCAUGUGGAAGACCGAGAGGACGCGAAUCAAGCGGGAGAUCAAUUCUUUGGAGGCCUUUGCGGAGAAGGUGAACGAGAAAUGGGAGGCGACAGCCGUGCAGUCGAAGAAGAACUUCAACGUCGCAGUGAAGGCGUACGCGAAGCAGCUUGCUGAGAAGGUCGAACUUGUGAAGAAGAUCGACAACCCGCUCGUAACCCCCAACUGGAAAGGUCACAUCGAGAAGGUGGAAAGGAUUUGCGAGCAACUUGCUGAUCGGUCGCAGGCAGUGAAAGGCCUUCCGAAGACUGUCAUCGAAGCCAUUCAGCAGCUCGCGACCGAGGAAGAAGUGCAAGAGUUGCAGCUGAGCAUCUCGCAGCUACUCGAGAAGGUCGAUCCUGAUCAGGAUGAGGAGUUUGCGUUCGCUGGCAGCAAUAUCGCAAACGAAGGCUGGAAUUCAGGUGUCGAACAUUACCAACAGUGCACGCUGGACGAGGUCUGGGCCAUGCUCGGUCGAGGUACCGAGAAGACCAUCCCGUUUUUCAACACGGUCGAAGCGACGGAGAGUGGAGCGGAUCCGUGGUCGGUGCAAGGGAUCUUGGCUCUCCAGGACGGUCCAACACAGCCUCUUGUGCCGCACUGGCACCAACUGGUUGGGAUCUUGAAGAUGCUCGACAAUUUCCUCGCUGGGAAGCCGAUCCUGCUUGUGGAUGGAGUCGGAGUCGGAAAGACGAUGCAGGUCGUUGGCGUGAUCUGCUUCCUUGCGUUUUUCCAUGAUCACUUUGAGCGCAAUGGAUACUUCCCCGGAAAGUACAUCGCUCACAGGCCGUUGUCAGAAACGACCACGUUCAAGGGAAACGGGAACAUUCCCAACGCACCCCAUCUCAUUGUCGUCCCCGUCUCCCUUGAGUAUCAAUUCCGACUCGAGAUCCAUCGCUAUGUGCAGGCGAAGACGUUCGACAUGAUGUCAUACUCGUCGAUUAUUCGCGGCGAGAAGAGCGAGAAGUUUUGGACCAUUGUCAACAACUUCAAACAGGCUCCCAUUCGGCAGAUCAUCCUGGCGACCAAUCCGGCUGUGGCCAAGGACGGGUCGUCAAUCUACAACAAGUGCACGAAUCCAAAGUGGGGCCCUGGAACACAGAAAAAGGGCCCCGCGUUUGAGGCCGACAAGGCGAGCUCGGUGUUCAGUCGCCAAUGGUGUCUCAUGAUCUGCGACGAGAUCCACGACCAUCGCAAGACGAACAACACCUUUCGUGCGAUUCGCAUUCUUCGGGACCAAGUCGGCGGGGUGAUCGGCAUGUCUGCGACGCCCACCAUUACCACGCCAAUGGACCUUGUCAUGAUCGGCAGGCUGCUUGGAGUACCUCUCUGCGGCGACCAGUAUACCGACGUGCUCAACGCGCACAACAGAGCACUCAAUCGCGCCAUGAGCAACGACCGUGCCGAGCGUGCUGUGGAAGGCGACCUCGCCCGGCUUGCCGCGGUCAAGGGAGAGGGCGACUCCAUGGAGGUCUCACUUAGCCAGACCGCCACUGUGGUGAUGCAGAUCACGGCCGAUCUACACAUGCGAUUCGCCGACCAGGUCCUUCAUCGCACAGUCAACUCGAUAGACUGGGAAGGCAAGCCCAUCAGUGGACUCCCGCCCGCGCAUGACAUCGCACUCCUGCUGCGACUGUCCAUAAUCGAGGAGCAGGUGCUCAACGAUGUCACGACCGAGGCUGGAGAGGCCAUGGAAGGCAGCAGGAAGGCUGAGGCAAGCAAGUGCGACUUGAGCGUCAUUGCCGUAUACACACCGGUCCAACCUGGUCCAAGUCGUGUGGGUUGCAUGCCAAGAGCCAGGGGACGGGCGCAUGCGACAUUGUCGCGUAAUCGCGAUUGCGACAGCCAUUUUUCACACAACUUCAGUAAGACCGCGAUGUUACUAUAUGUACUCACACCUAUCCAGGCCUUUUACAUCGACCUUCGGCGGGCGAUGUUUCACAUCUCCCUCUCCAAGAGUGCGCCGGAGAACAUCACCAUUCCUGAGACC